AUGUCGAAGCGCAGCAUCUUGUUCUCCGUGUUAGUCUGUGUGGGUCUUGUUUUGGCUACUGGUAUUCAUGGUGAGUCGGUUGGCGAAGUAGACAACAAAUUCUUAUUUGGAGGCAUUUCAAUUUCAAUCGACAAACCUGGGGUAAAUCCUCCAUCAACUCCGACGCCAACUCCACCAACUCCGCCAACUCCGCCAACGCCGCCAACGCCAACUCCGCCAACGCCAACUCCGCCAACUCCGACGCCUCCCAAUCCGAACGAAUGUGUCAGUUUCACCGGCGGCUUCAAAUGUUACAAGCUGCCGACAGGUUGUGUUUGCCCCGUCAACACUCAGAAACCGUGGGUGGAUGCCUUUGAUUUCUGUAAGGCCAACGGUCGGUCUCUCAUUAGCUUCAAAACGGCGGAAAAACAAGCCGAAUUCGAAACUUAUUUACCUGCCAUAAUAGCAAAAUCGGAUAACCUUUUUACGACAAUCGGAUUUUGGACAUCGGGAACUUUUUGCUUGGAGACGUUGGCUGCAAAUGUUUACUGCCCUUCUAAAAACACUUGGGCGUGGGCGGCCACUCGUGAAAAUUUCGGUUACGUUAACUGGGAGACGGGUCAGCCCGAUAUGACCAUGUUGCCAAGGACUGCGUGCGCUCGUUCCGUACCCACCAACAAAUACAAAUGGGACGACAUUGACUGCGGCCAGUUCCUACCAUUCAUCUGUGAAUAG